AUGGUUCAUCGUCGCGUCCAUGAUCCUGCUGAAGAUGUCUGGUCAAGUCCUAAUUGGCCUCCGCGAAUAGAAAAAAUGUUUGUUGGUUCAUUGGUAGAGGAAAUGAAAUAUCAUCUGGAUGUAAUGCCAAGCAGAGCUGAAGAAACAUCUGACUAUAUUGAGAAAACGUUAUCGAAUCGUGAAGCCACUUUAAACCACGGUGGAUUUGGUUGGAAUAGUCGGAAAAAGAUGGUUGUCGUUGAUGAUAGUGUGUGGGCUGAGUACAUAGAGGUACAUCCUGAGAUAGCACCAUAUAGAAAAUAUGGCUGCCCUAUAUACAAGGAGUUGUGUCAUAUUUUUACGAGACCAAAAGCAACCGGGGAAUUAUCUGUUUCUUCUAUGGAUCCUCGAAGCAACCCUAGUGAACGAAACAAACGUAAAUUGACAGAGCCACCAAAAUCCGGUUCCAAUAAGAGGAGUAGUGUUGGUCCUAACAAUCCAAAACGAUCAAAGAGCAGUGACAUGGAUCAGAAUCAGAAUCCGUGUUCCAUAGCUAGCUGUGUUGUGGCUCUAAACGAUACACCAGGAGUUGAUCGGAGGCUAUAUAAUGCUGCUAUGGACUUGUUUGAACACAAAAAUUGGAGAGAAACAUUUGUGACAAUGAAAAUGGAUAAAAGAUUGAGUUGGUUGAAGGCCAUGAUUCCUAGAAAAACAUGA